GCCUUACAGCAGAAUUGAAACUUGUCAAUAAUUUUUAUGACAAAAAUAAAUAAAUAAUUCAAUUUCAUUGAAUGUUUAUUAUUAUCAUAAAUUUUAAAUAAUUGGCUUCUAAACUUUGAUGCUUUUUACUCAAGCAGGUGGAGUAUUAUUCUAAUUAUGUCUGCAGUCAGUCCCGAAUUUUUAAAUUAUAUCAAAAAACUUGAAGACAAUGGUGACAAACUUACAACUGGAACACCAAUAGAACCUCUGCUUGAAUUCGAAUUCAAUAAUUCUACAUGCUACGUUUGCAACGGUUACUAUGGCCCUAGUUUCGGGGAACCGGUGUGCGUAACUUGUCAUUCAUUUUUGUUUCCUGAUUUUCCAUCAUAUCUUCCAACUUCAUACUUCUAUAGUGAGAAGACUGAUGACGGUGACUCUGGGAAUGAUGAACCAUCUGAUUUAAACUACAGUUCAGAUAGAAGAAUCAAUAGAACUUGUCCACUUCCUGCAUGGUGGAAUUACAGAAACUCAUUAGAUAGUGAGACUAGUCCUGAAGAUGAGACUAGUCGAGCAAGUGGUCAGGGUGCAAGUGGCAGUGGAAGUGGUGGUAGUGGUUCUGCCAGCGGUAGCGGUAGCACGCGGCAUAUCGCCGAUGGAGGUGAAAACACUGCUGGACAGGGCCCCCCACCGCAACCCCCCAGCUUGGCACGAUCACUGCAGGCUCUAUCUACACCACGACCACCUGACAACCUCGCUCCGGGGCUAGUUGAACAACUACCUUCUGAAGUGCUGCUGUGCAUCUUCAGUUACCUGGACGACAUGUCGCUGUGCGCGUGCGCGUGCGUGUGCGCGCGCUGGUGGCGGCUGGUGCGCGCGCGCGUGCCGCCGCCGCGCUGGGCACGCUUCGCCGCCGCGCGCUGGCCGCUGUUCCGGCCGCUGCUCGCCAACCAAGACUGGCACAAGAAAUACCAAUCACUGGUGGAAUCAUGUUUCUGUCGUAAUUGUCUUGUGCAAAUGUGUGUACAAGCACAACCUGCUGGCGAAGAGAAUGCAUGGCGGAGGAACAGGCUUCGUAACGAACUUAAGAUGUUAAGAAAUGAUCCCCCAGAAGGUAUAGCAGCAACACCUCUGGACCCAAAAUGCUGUCACUGGCAGGCCAGCGUCACGGGACCUGUGGGAUCUCCUUAUGAAGGAGGAGUCUUCUAUUUAUAUAUUCAAGUACCCUAUUCGUACCCAAUGAGCCCGCCGGUGGUGCGGUUCCUGACGCGCGUGCUGCAUCCGAAUGUGUCGCGGCACGGUGACGUCGGUAUCGACUCCGUACACCACAACUGGUCACUAGCUCUUACUGUCAGCAAGGUGCUCAUCUCUAUACAGAGCCUACUCACCGACCCAUAUACUGCUGUAUGCAUGGAACCAGAAGUUGGCGAGAUGUACGUACGUAACCGACCACGGUUUGAAGCUCUUGCGCGGCAGUGGACCUGGCGUUACGCUAUGCACGAUAUACUACCAUAUUGAAAUACUAUGGAAUCUAUCCGACCUUACGAGUGAUCUUAUUUGAAUAUAAACUGAAUCAGAUGUAAAUAUAAGAAUAGAUGUUGGAAUGCGACUAUGGAGAGCGGUUAAUAAUUCCCUGUGACUAUAUAAUAUUUUGACCAUAAAAUGUGUUUAUAAAAAAAUUAUUUAUUAUAUACAUAUAUAUGUUAUAUACUGUCUGUAAAAUAUACGUAUAUUGUAACUAAAGCUCAAAAUACAAUAAUAUAAAACAAUGUA